UGGGUAAAUUUAUUGAUCAUAUUAUUUAUUGUUUUUGUAUUUGUGUUGCAGGGAUUUGGUUGAUCAUGAUUUUGAGUGUCCAGACCGCUGGUUGGCAUUAUGUCACUAUAAGAAAGCCUAGAGUUAUUUUGCUUCUUAAUUUUGUAAUAUUUUCUUCAAUGUUUAUUAUUCUAUGUAUGUAUUUAUUGACAUAAUCCUAAAUACUGUUUGAUUCUUUUUUAAUUUUAAAGAAUACUUGCUUAUUUCACCAAGGCAUUACAAUGUUACUUUUAAACGUUGUGCACAAAGUCUUGCGUGUGUGUGUGUGUGUGUGUGUGUGGAAAUGCUGCAAAGUUUUACGCGUGAAUAAUGAUAUUACUGCCUGUGAAUCAACGUGGCGGCAAUGUGAGCGCGUCAACGGAAAUGUGGUGCUCUGAAAAUAAAAGCCUCAUCUGAAGGAACGAAGAGAAACGAAGCCUCGUCUGUCUCCCCACGUGUUCGCGUUCGCUUUUGUAGAAUAGACGAAAUCGACGCGUGCACAGAUCUCGUUCUUCCGCAGACUCCACGUGCAAUGCGGUGGUUUUUGCAGCGCGCUCUUUGGACUUUUACUUUCUCGGCGAGGUUCCUGACACUGGGGGUUGUGCCUCGGUGAUGUGCUGACGCUGCUGCAUGCAAAUUUCGCUGGCUGCAGCCUUUCAGGGACACCUCUUGCGGACCGCCGGAGCCCACAGUGCAAUAAAUAUGGCAGCAGAGCUUUCCACCUCCAUAAACAUCAAGGAGCCCCGGUGGGACCAGAGCACAUUUGUGGGUCGGGCUAAACAUUUCUUCACUGUCACAGACCCCAGGAACAUCCUCCUCUCCAAUGAACAACUAGCACACUCGCACAAAAUCAUCACCGACUACAGGCAGGGUGUAGUGUCUCCGGGGCUGACCGAGGAUGAACUGUGGAGAGCCAAGUAUGUUUUCGACUCGGCAUUUCACCCCGACACCGGGGAGAAGAUGAUCCUGAUUGGCCGCAUGUCAGCACAGGUUCCCAUGAACAUGACGAUCACUGGAUGCAUGAUGACAUUUUACAAAACCACUCCAGCUGUGCUGCUCUGGCAGUGGAUCAAUCAGUCUUUUAAUGCAAUAGUCAAUUAUACGAACAGGAGCGGCGAUGCUCCAAUCACAGUCAGUCAGCUUGGCACAGCUUAUGUGUCUGCCACCACAGGGGCAGUUGCCACCGCUCUAGGACUAAAUGCACUAACAAAGCAUAUCUCACCUCUGAUUGGACGGUUUGUUCCAUUCGCUGCUGUAGCCGCUGCUAACUGUAUCAACAUCCCGCUGAUGAGACAAAGAGAACUCAAGCACGGCAUUCCCAUAACAGACGAGAAUGACAACAGGCUAGGAGAGUCCACGAAAGCUGCACAGCAGGCCAUCUCUCAGGUUGUGGUCUCCAGAAUCCUCAUGGCUUCUCCAGGAAUGGCCAUUCCUCCAUUUUUAAUGAACCAUUUGGAGAAGAAGGCCUUUCUGAAGAAGUUCCCAUGGAUGAGUGCACCCAUUCAAGUCGGCCUGGUGGGAUUCUGCCUGGUGUUUGCCACUCCACUCUGCUGUGCGUUGUUCCCCCAGAAGAGCUCCAUGUCGGUCAGCCGCCUGGAGCCCGAGCUGCAGGAGAAGAUCCGGGCCAGCCACCCGGGCGUGGAGAGGGUCUACUUCAACAAAGGUCUAUGAGUGUGCGGCCCACUCAACCAAACACUGCCAUAGCACAGCUGCAGGCUUGGUCCUCGCCUCUCUGCCAGCCCUCCUCAUUCAGUGUGCCAAAGUUCAGUUUGUGUCUCCUCAUUUCCACCACUCAGAUGGAUAUUUCUGAGGA